ACAGUAUUCAUCAAUUUCGUCAAGCGUUUAAGGGCCAGUCUUUGGAAAAUUUAAUUUGCUUACGGUUGACCAAGAAAGCAGCAAUGCCGAUUGAUUUGUAUUACACUUCGUUGAGUCCACCAUGUCGAUCUGUGAUGAUGACGGCCUACAUGGCCGGAGUAGACGUCAAUUUGAAAAUGCUCAAUCUGAUGAACCGUGACCAGUUGAAACCGGAGUUCUUGAAGAUCAAUCCGCAGCACAACGUGCCUACCAUCGUCGACGAGGAUGGAUUCUGUUUGAACGAAAGCCAGGCUAUUUGUAUGUAUUUAAUUAACCGUUAUGGCGGCCAUAAAGCUCAACAUCUCUACCCAGAAGAGGCCCAGCAGCGUGCAGUCAUCGACCAGCUUCUCAAUUUCGGUUCGUCCGUCCUGUUCGCCAACGCCAGGGAUUUAUUCAUUCCCGUGGUGAUGCACGGCGCCAAGCAGCUGGAUCCGGCAGCUUUGAAGAACUUUCAUGACGGAAUUGGAUUCGUUGACAUCAGACUAGCUGACAGCGCUUACGCAGCUGGCCAGCAUUUGACGAUUGCGGAUAUAGCGCUUGUGGCCUCUAUUUCGUCCAUCGACGCCGUCGACAGCCGGAUCUUGGACAAAUAUUCGCACAUUCAGACGUGGCUUAAACGAUGCCAAAAGGAGAUCGCUCACUACGAAGAACUCAACGGAAAUGGAGCGAAAUUGUACGGCCAAUUCGUGAAAAAUGCAUUGGAAAAGAUUGACGUCGCAGAGUCCCUGUAUACCGGUAAAUUUGACGUUUGAAAAAGACUAUCAGCUGCUAUCAAGAAAGAGCUCCAAUAAUCGCAUUAUGAUGUAAAAUCGGUGUGCUAGUAAACUGGCAUCCUUUUACCAUCUUCCAUUUAAAAAUAAAUACAAAUGACGUCA